UUAAUUAAUGAAACUUUAUAUUUAAUGCACAAAAUAAUAUUAAAUUAAUUAUAAACAAAAAUUUGCAACGAUGGACGGAUCUCAUCUCCAUAUCUAAAACACUUGUACCUUAUGCGCUUCAAUUUUUAUCAGAAAAUUGAAUAGUAGCAUGGAUAAGAUUCAUAUUAGUACCAAUUUAUAAAAUUAAGAUUUUUAAUGUUUGAAUGCGUAAAUUAAGAAUCAAAAAUAUCUUUCGUGCAAAGUAAAAUUAGCACUAUACCCUUUAAAUCAUCUUAAUUCCCACAAUCAGCUUCUACCAGUUCAGUUGUGCUUGUACUGGACACCACCGAUGCUUAAGCUCUUUUCAUGGCGUCGCUCAAGUCUUCAUACCCUAAGUCCAGACUCAGGCAUUCCCUCCUUUCGUCUAUCCCCUUUAUCUCUCCUCUAUAUCUCUCGUUUUCUAAGCCAAUUUACAUCUAAAUGUCUCUCCGAGGACAUCUACGACCCUCCAUUUUCUCCUGCCUCUAAUACCCAAAAUCCCAAUAAAAAGACCCAGAAGAAGAAGAAGAAAAACAAAGAUCAAGCUCAACUCGAUUGCAAGAAAACCCAGGAGUUUCCGUUGAAGUCCGAUUUGCCCUUUGAUUUUAGGUACUCAUACUCGGAGACUAACCCCUCUGUUGAGCCCAUUGGGUUUCGCGAACCGCCGAAGUUCUCGCCGUUCGGACCCGGACGGCUUGAUCGGAAAUGGACCGGAACUUGUGCUCCUGCCGAACAACUAGUGGAUUUGGAAAAGGUGGUAGAAGAGAGGAAUAAGGUUCUUGGAGAACCGCUUUCUGAUGAGGAAGUUGCAGAGCUUGUUGAACGGUAUCGGCACAGCGAUUGUUCACGGCAAAUGAAUUUGGGGAAGGGAGGAGUUACUCACAACAUGCUGGAAGACAUCUACAACCACUGGAAGAGGGCUGAAGCUGUGAGGAUCAAAUGUUUGGGAGUGCCAACUCUUGACAUGGACAAUGUUUGCUUCCACCUUGAGGAUAAAUCUGGUGGAAAGAUUAUUUAUCGCCAGAUUAAUAUCCUUCUCUUAUAUCGAGGUCGGAACUAUGAUCUCAAGAACAGACCUGCCAUCCCUUUGAUGCUGUGGAGGCCAUAUGCGCCAAUCUAUCCGAAGCUGGUGAAGAAUGUUGCUGAUGGCCUGACAUUUGAAGAAACAAAAGAAAUGAGAAAUAGAGGGCUCAACUCUCCCCCUCUUAUGAAACUCAGUAGGAAUGGUGUCUAUGUGUAUGUAGUACACAAGGUGAGGGAGGCAUUUGAGAUUGAAGAAGUUGUGAGACUGGACUGUUCCCAUGUGGGUGCCAAUGACUGCAAAAAGAUAGGUGCAAAGUUAAGGGAUUUGGUGCCUUGUGUCCCUAUUUUGGUCAAGGAUGAACAGCUUAUACUCUGGAGGGGUAAAAAAGAUCCGACACAGAACUCCAGCUCAUUAAUGGAACUAACAACCCCAUUGAUGCCGUCUUAAUAUUCUUAAAAAGGGGUUAGGUCCUGGAUUUGGUGACACCCAUUGGUCUCUUGGUAAAUUUGUAAGUCAGCUCGCGCUGCAUGAUUUGUCUCAUCCCUCUUUUUUUUCGGGUAGCUGCAUACAUGUUAGAUGAUGAGAUGAUCUUGGAUCUGUGGUUGUUUUACCUUACAUCCUAACACAAAAAGAUGCUGCUGCAAAGGAAGUUGUCAGUUGCUUGCUGUGCAUCCUUCAACAUCUUGGUGAGUGAGGGCUUGUAUUGGCAUCUUGUAUCACAGGAAAUAUGCUGGCCGUAUAACGAACCUCAGGAGGCAUUUGAGAUCCCUGUAACUCCCAUUUUUCAAAUUCUUUUGCAGUUGUUUCUAUCUUUGUAAGUUUGAGAUGGACAGAAAAUGAAAAAAACCAAACCCUUAACGAGAGGAAAACCUUGUCAUCCUGUCAUCUUGCCACGGGUUUCUUUGAAGUUGAACGUUGACAAAAUUUUCGAUGCCAACUUAUAGCUAUUUUAAUACUGUAAGAUGCCAUUUACAUUGAAAGUAAAUUGAUAAGAAAGGCAAAAAAGUCGUGC